ACGGAACGCGGCAGAACGGAACGUUGGCUAGGCGCGCGCUCGCUCGUCGCUCAGUUGGCAACGCAAAAAGCAGUGGGGGCAGCGGCGGAGUAGGAGAAAGAGGAUUGGGUAGAGCCACGCGAAAUCCUAAAAAAUUGAAACAAACGGUGAAAAACGGAAGAGAGGAAGAAAGAAAUUAGUGCAAAAAAUCAAUCGAUGCGAAACGAAAGCUGGAAUAAAGCCAAUUAAAUUAUUAAUUGAAUUAAUACGAAAACGCGGAGGGGAAAAAACGCAGCUAAAAUAUGUUUGGCUGCAUUUAUCAGCUGUGGGAUUGGUUGGAGGCGCCACCGCUGUUCACGGCUGGCACCAUGGACGCCAAGAAGUUGCAGCAGCUGCAGGAGGCAGCCCUGCUGGCGCAGCAGCAGAAAAAGCUGCCGCUGGCGUAUCAAACGAAUCUCGUGGACUACCGCACGGCCACACACUCGCCGGCGGCACUGUACCACCAGGCGCUGUAUCAGCAAUCUCCCACGGCCACCAGCUCCAGCGGCGGUGGGCCGCUCUCACCGAUUGAGCUGCAGCCGCAGUCGAAGCACCACAAUCUGCUGAAGCACGCCGGCCACGGCGGCGGCACUUCGAGCAGCUCCCACAGCUCGCCCUAUCAUCAGUCAUACACGAGCAGCGGCGGCACGGGGGAGCAGAUCUACCAGUCGCCCACGGAGCGCACCUACCUGGCGGCAGCGGGUCGACUGCAGGCCAGCAAUGCGAUGGCCGGCCACAAUCCCAUAUCAGCGCUGCAGGCGCAAUACCAGCAGCUGCACCAGGCCAAGAUGCACGCCCAGUUGGCCACCCAAAAUGAGGCGGCGCAUCAGCAGCAGCGAACAUUUGCCAUGCGGCAGGCAAUUAAUCCGCCAACGGGCCACUAUCACAUGAGUCAGUCACCCAGCAUGGUGUCCAACAUGACAACAAUUACACAACAGCAGCAACAGCAACAGCAGCAGCAGCAACAGCAACAAUUGUUGCAACAGCAGCAGCGAGCGCCACCCUCCACGCUGAAUCUGCCGAAUCAAUAUCAGACGACGCAGGGACCGUUGAAGUUGCAGCAGCAGCAGCAACAGCAGCAGCAGCAGCCGCCCAUGCCGAAGCACUACCAGGAGCAGCUCUAUGCACAUCAGCAGCAGCAAUUGCAACAGCAACAGCAGCAGCAGCAGCAGCAGCUCCAACUGCAGCAACAGCAACAUCGCCAUAAAGCGGAUCUGCAAACCCCAGGCAGCGAGCAUGGCACCGUCUACAUCCAACAGAAUCAUCCAGGACAUGUCGUGAAUCAAGCGUGCCAGACGCAAAUCUCCACAGUGAAGCCCAAGGCAACGCCCAGCUCCGAGGAGUCCUCGUCCGCAUCCACCAAGAGUCCCACCCAUGCGCCACUCGAUCGCAAGAAGAGCGCCGGCUCCAUUCAGGCACUCAAGUCGCCCAUUACCAAGCGGCCACCCACCACGCCCGUCACGCUGUCUGGCUGGCUGCACAAGCAGGGCUCCGAUGGCCUGAAGGUGUGGCGCAAGCGUUGGUUUGUCCUCGCCGAGUACUGCAUGUACUACUACAAGGGCCCCGAGGAGGAGAAGCUGCUGGGCUCGGUGCUGCUGCCGUCGUAUCGGGUGUCUGCCUGCCUGCCGGAGGACAAGAUCUACCGCAAGUUUGCCUUCAAGUGCGAGCACCAGAAUAUGCGCACCUACUGGCUGGCGGCGGAGAGUGCCGAUGCCAUGAUGCAGUGGGUGAGGGCUCUGGCGGCGGCCAGUCUGAUGCAGGCGCCCAGCAGCGGGGAGUCCGAGCCGAGUGUGAGCUCCUCGCUGAAUCACAGUGGCGAGAACUCGGACUCGGGCAUACACACGCUGCAGUCGCAGCCCAGCAAGGGACAGCCAACGCCAUCGUCGGACAAUGCAGGCAGCACGGGAGGAGGAGGUGGCAGCGGUCAGCCGCUGUAUGCCAAUGCGCCGCCCAAGCCGCGACGCACCAAUGAUGGAGGGUACUCCUCCCCGUCGCCAGAGCACAACGAACAGCCGCAGCAGCAACAGUCGCAGUCGCAAUCUAGUCGCCGCUUGAUGUCGCCCACGCAGCAGCUUUACCAGCAGCAGCAGCAGCAAAGAUCUCAGCAGCAGCAGUCUCAGCCGCAGCAGCAUCAUGCCAUCUAUGACACGCGAACGGGCAACGUUUCAUCCGCCCUGCAGCUGCAGCAGGCACAGCAGCAGUACAAUCUGGAUCAUCUGGAGGCGCAGUUCCAGCAGCAGCAGCUGGACAUGGAGGAGCAGAUUGUGCGGCUGCAGCAGCAGCGUGCCGCCGAGGAGAUCUACGGCGAGCGGGAGAUGUACAUGGCAAAGCUGAUACAGCAGCGCUCCGCCAGCGGUGGUGGCUAUCCCACCCAGCAGCAGCUGCUCCAAGCCGAGCGCCGCACUCCGGAUGCUUACGGCAGAUCCAAGCAGCAGCGACUGUUUGCUGCGGCAGCUGCUGCCGCGGACUAUGAGGACAUCUACAACAUGUCGCAGCUGGGAGGAGUCGUGGCAGGAGCCGUGCCCAUGUCCGCACAGGAGGCGCUGCUGCAGGAGGCGGCCAGCUACCGGCGGCCACUCAGUCCGCCCAGCUACGAUGGCAGCAAGCAUUUGCCAGCCAUGCCCCAGCGAUACACGCCCAAUCACUUGGAGGCCCAUGCCGAUCAGCUAAUCAAUACCAUGGACUUGCGUGCCCGCUCCGCAGCGGCCAUUGUACGUCCCCAUUCCGCGGACUUUCUGGAGUACGAGGCGCGUGCCGAGGCCGCUGCAGCUGCGGCCGCCGCAGCGGUGGCCCAGAGCAAACACGAGAGCGGACGUGCGCCGCGACCCAAGUCCAGCUUGGACAUUAAUCGCACACCGGACAGCUUCUACUACUCGGAGGCCAGCUAUGCGGAGAAGAUGCGCAAGAGCGCGCUCUAUCUGCAGAGCGGAGGAGGAGGUGGAGCUGGAGCGGCACAGCCACAGCAGGCGGGCAGCUACCGCACCGCUGGCGGGGACUUUGGUUCCGGCGUGAACACCAUCGGCUACGAGAAUCCCUACGAGCGGGCAUACAAGCGGCAGGAACUGCUGGCCGAGGCACAGGCCCAGGGGGGCGUUGCCAGCAGCAUGCCACGCAUGAGUCGCUCGGCCAGCCAGGGUGCGGGCUGUGGCUCCGUGGCACGUUCCGCCUCUGCCCAGCAGCAGCACCAGCACCAGCUGCAGCAGCAACAUUCGGAGGAUCUGCCGCCACUCAAUGUGCAUCCGGGCUCCAUUUUCCCGCCCUCGAUGUCCACCCAGGAGAUCAUCUGCAAGAACGAGCAAUUCCUGCGCUCGGCCAGUGCCCGGCUGCCCAAGCGCAGCGGCGGCAUGGACGAUGACUACUCGGCGGGCAACUCGACCACCACAUCGCCCACCUCCGGCGCCGUGCCCUCGCCGCAGCAUGCCCAGGAUGGGGAGCGCAAGCGGGAGGAGUCCAUGAAGCGGCUGCUGGAGUGGAAGCAGCGCAUGCUGCAGUCGCCGCUCACCCGCAAGGGCGUGCAGCAGGGCGGCAGCAACAUGUCCGCCAUGUCCAAGCUGGGCAGCAAUCCAAACAUCUUGCUCUCCUCCACGGCGGUGGCCAGUGGCGCACGUUAUGCCCCGCAGUCGGGCAAGCCAACAAUCCAUGUGAGCGCGGCCACUCCAGUCGUUGCGGGCAUUCAACGUUCCCGCUCGGAGACGCAGGCGAAUGUGGGACCGGGCGGCGUAUACGCCAGCUACUCGUCGGAUGAUGAAGAUGGGACUGUGGAUGAUACAGGGUAUCAUGGUGGCGCGGCAGGAAGGUCUACAACAGAAACAGAAACAACAACAAUUAAUGAAAAAACAACAACAACAACAACGACAGGAAACACAACAACAACAGCAAGCAAUAAAGUAGCAUUAGAAACAAUAGAAAGACUUGGCAGUAGCAACAAUUUAAGCCGUUUAACACCAACACCAACACCAACAGCAGGAAAUACAACAACAACAACAACAGCAACAGUUACACCAACAACAACAACAUCAACAACAAGACCAACAAUCAAUGCAAAAUUCCAACUAAAACCGAUACUAAAAGUGCACGAGGCCAGCAGCAGGCCCAUUAUUCAGGUGCAGCCAAAACGGCCCGAGGAGAGGCCAAAACUGAAAUUGCAAUUGCCAGCGGCGGAUGUGGAUGGGGAUGGGAAUGGAGGGGAGCAGCCUGUGCCCAUUUUGCCAAAGAAAACAGCACCCAAGUCGCCGCAGAAUGCCAAUUAUGUGCCCGUAUACAACAAUAAGCUGGUCAGCAGCGGCAACUACGAAAACAUGGAAUUUGGCAAGCCAAAACAGCAGAGCUCAGGCCAGCAAGAGGCGGAGGCAAAGGCACAGGCACAGGCACAGUCCAGUAUGGCGAUUAAUGAUCCCGAGGAGACACCCAUGUUGAUGCAGCUAAAGCUGUUUAAGGAGCAGCAGCAAGAGGCAGCCACACAAAAGCAGGAGCAGCACAGGGAGCAGGAGCAGGAGCUGCAGCAGGACGAGAACGAUUUAACGCCAACGGCAGAAAGCAGGCCACCACUUGGACAGGCAAACGAUGAUGAUGAUGCAGCUGCAGCACGAUUGAGCGACUCAAUUCAGUCGGAUGAGGAUGCAGCAGAAGUGCCAGAGGAUGAUGCUGAGGAUGAGAGCACCGCCUGUGAGGAGUACACAGAUGAUGAUAUUGACGAGGCCUUGGCGCAGGACGAGGAGGAGGAGCAGUCCUACCCCGACCUACCCACUGAUAAGGAGCUGCAGCAGCUUUAUGUCAAUGAGCCCAUUACGCCCACGGAUCAGCAGUUCGACGAGAGCCACUACCUGCCCAUGACGCCCAAGAAGGUGGAACUGGGCCAGCCGGGCACCCUCAGCCUGGUGGCCACGCACGACAGCUACAUGGCGGAGGAGGAGAAUCACUAUGUGGAAAUGACCAAGGGCAUGCAGGACGAGGAUGGCAGAAACAACUACGAGAUCAUGUGCAUUGCCAGCUCCAGUUCGAGCAAAAUAAUCAAAGCGGAGCCCGUGUACAUGGAGCUGGCGGGGGUCAAGGCUGCAGCGGCCGCAGCUGCCGAGGAGGCGCACUGCUCCUCGGGUCGCUCCACGCUGAAGAAAGGCAAGAAAUGUGGCUCGGAGACGCUGAAGAAAAAGUCGAAGAAGCGGCAGGGCAAGGACAUGCCGGACAUACUCAAGCCAGCCAAGAGUGCGCUGGCUUUGGGCAGCGACAGCUCGGAUGCGGAUGAUGAGAGCAGCCGGCAGCAGCUGGAGGCCAAGAAGCUGCGCUCCCGCUCACGUUUCAGCCUGUCGGAUACGUUCAGACCGGCGUCCUACUACCUGGGCGCCUCCACGCCGCUGAACAACUACGCGGAGAGCUCGGACAGCGAGAUACUGCCACCACCGCCCAUACCAGACUCCCCGCCGCCCAUGGAGGAGCUCAAGACGGAGGAGAUCUUCUCCUCGGAGCACUACGACACGGUGAAGCGGCGGGACAGCAAGGUGAAUCUGUCCUACGAGCAGCUGCCCAAGCUGCAUGCCAGCAACACGUCCCUCAAUCUGUCCAAGGUGGAUCCCAGCACCACGCUCAAGUGCAGUCGCCUCUCGCUGCCCGAUCACUUUGCCAAGGCGCGGGCCCAGCACUUGGCCACCAAAGGCACUGCCACGCCCACUGUGCUGCUGAAGCAACAUCAUGCACGGACGCUGAGCGACUCGAACUACAGCUGCCAGACGGACAACAGCUCGUCGCGCACCUCCUCGGACCUGGAGCUGUACCGCAAGCGCGGUCAGCAGGCACGCUGUCCCAGCAACAACUCCCUGCCGCUGCGGUACGUCGGGGACAGCAGCGAGAACGAGUCCUCCGUGGAGUUUAGGCAGAGGUCCGACUCGGAGCUGGAUCGACAGCGCUCGCGGCGGCCACUCUCCCAGGAGUCCAUCAGCGAGAUUGAAUCGCUGAGCGAACAGUUCGAGGAGACGCUCAGCAGCCACGAGCUGGACACGUACUUGAGUCACCUGCAGGGCAGGGAUCUGCUGCCCUAUCAGCACACGAGUCAUGCCACGCCCACUAGCCACAGCCACAGCCACAGCCACAGCCACAGCCAUGCCACGCCCACCAGCCAGCUGCUGAACGAUGCAAAUGCGGCGGCUGGUGCGGAUAUUCUAACGAAUCUCAUCAAGCCACCAAAGACAUUCCGCAAUGCGGACGAUGGCGACGGGGAGCAGCACUUCUAUGGCAACAUUCACUUUCUCUCCUCCACGGACUCCAUACAGCAGUUGGGCGAGGGUGGAGCGGCGGUGGCAGCAACACAAGCGGCUUACAUGACGCCCCUCCACAGUCGGAACAACAGCAACAUCUCCACGCAGUCCGCGCCUUACUACUACUCGGAGCUGCCGGCCACGUUGCCGCUGAACAAUCAGCGGGAGAUACACGCCCAUGGCCAGAACAUUGCGCACAUACACAACCCCAUCGAUCGGCAUCAGUUCAAUGUGGAUGCACUGGUGGACAAGGAUCAGGCAAUUGACAGCAAGAACCUCUAUUGCGUGAAGGCGAACAACGAGAAGCUCAGCUACAGCAGCAACAAGAACCUGAAGGCGGGACAGGCGCAGCUGAAGCUGAACAACAGGCAGCUGCUUGAGUCGGAGGAGCAGCCAGAGAGCGGCAGUCCCAGUGGUAGUCAGAGCCAUCAACUAAACCCUGAACAUUCAUUUAUCACAACAACUACUAAAAACACAAAUCUCGCGCGUAAAACGAUUGGUGGUAGCCUCUUGGAUGAUGGCGUUAACAUUCCUGGUGUGGGAGCAGCAGCUGGAAGUGCGAGAACUCCCUGCAAUAAUGGCAAUCAACUCUCAGUUUUAGGUGGCGAACUGCUCUGGGAGGAGGACACACUCUGGCGCGAGAGUCUGCGCCGCGUCUCGCAGCGUCAUGCGCGCUCCUUGGAUGAUCUCGAUAGGAUCGCACCCACCGGUCCCAUGUGCAGCACGCCCAAGUCCAAGCUGAGUCGCGAGGUGACUUAUGUGAACGAUAGCCAGAAGCCACAGCAGAGGCAGCAGCAGCAGCAGCAGCAGCAACACUCCGCCAGCGAUGAGCAUGAUGUCUACGUGCAGCUGACGCAGGCCACGCAGGAGCACAACGAUUCGGAUGUGUACGAGGUGCUGCGCGAGGACACAGCCUCGAAUUUGUCACACAAAUCGAAUGAGCUGGAUCGCGAAACCAUACGACAGUGGGAUGCCAUGUCCAGCGGGCUAAUGAAAACCAGCCACAAUGUGGAGAGUGCAGCAGCAGCCACACCCAAGGCCAGUCUGCCGCUGACCAGCAGCGUGCGCUCCAUCAUACAGCAGCUGAAUGGCAGUGGCAGCGCCACAGACGAUGCCAAUGCCAAUCCCAUUGAGACCUCGAUUUCGGUGCGCAAUGUGAACAAUUUGCCCGUGGGCAAUCUGACGGUGAAGCCGGAGCCCAGCGAUGGCCAGCAGGAGUCCGCCUUUGCGCCGUACUAUGGCGAAACGAAAUACGCAAAGGCCACAGUGCUAACGGAUCGAGGACUCUAUGCUGGAGCGGGUCCAUCCUCAUCCACGCCGCAGCAGCAUCCGCAGCAGCAGCAAUUCCGGAUGCGACGUGCUGGCAGUCGAGCGGAAAUCGAUAUGCUGGAGCGUGAGACGAGCAGCCAGAUUAGGAAUCGCCUGCGUGGCGCCGAAGGUUUGACGCGUGCCGAGAGCAUCCAGCGGCUGGAUUACUUGAAGCAGCAUCUGCUGGACCUGGAGCGGCAGUACGAGAAGAGCAAGCCGCUGGUCAAUCUGGUGGACAAUAUGGUCAAGCUGGGCUCGCUCUAUCGCAACGAUGCCAAUGGGCGCGCCCAACCGGCGACGCUGGAUCGCCUGGAGUUCAAUCAGCGCAUGCAGGAGCGACAGAUGCUGCAGGAGGAGCAGAAGCAAUGGGAGCGACUCAGUCCCAAUCAAGCGGAGUUGCAGGCCAAAGUGCGCGAGCUUUACCAACUCGAUCAGCUGCUGCAGGAGGAGUCGGGCAUUUUGCAGAGCUUGCAGCGAGACAAGGAGGAUCUGGAGCGUGCGCUGGGCGGUCUGCGGGCGCGCAUACACGACAGCAAUGCCACGCCCAUGGCGCUGGAGGCGGCCAAGAAGCAGCAGCACAUCCUCGAGCGUGAGCUGUCGCGUGUCCAUCAGCUGCUGGCCGAGAACUCAAAGAAACUGGAGCAAACGGUGGCUGGCAAUGCGCGCCUCGAGCAGGAGCUGCUGCUGCUGCGCCAGAAGGUGCAGGCCACGCGUGCCAGCAGCAGCAACGGGCUGGCCAAUGGCUUGGAUGCCCAUGUGAAUGGCGGCGAUCAGACCGCGGUGGUGCUGCAGUCCGAGCUGGAGCGUGUGCAGUCGCUGGUGGGCGAUAUGCAGCGACAGCGCCAUGAACUCAGCUCCGCUGUGCGGCAACUAACGGAGAACUCGACGCGGUUGUACCAGGAAAUUGGCAACAAGGAAAUGACAGCCGUCAAUGGCAGCAGCAGCAGCGGUGGCGGCGGCUCCACCAAUGGCAGCCUCAAGAAGCGCAGCAAUUCGACCAGCUGGACGGAGACCGAUCUGGAUGCCAAUAUGCAGUGGAACGGCAGUCGCCAGAAUCUCAACGACUCCACCUUGAAUCUCUCCACGCCGCUCUACGUGGACACCAACAGCGCGGCCAAGCUGAGCGAUUACAAUCGCUACAACGGCAGCAGCAGCGAUGCCCUCGAAAUGAGCGGCGUGGACAGCGAUGGCUUUCUGGACAGCAAUCCCUUUGCCAAUCUGAGCAAUCUCGAGAAGCAGGAGAUCAAAACGGUGCGCAUUGUGAAGCGGGAGUCGGAGCGCAGGCAUCGCGACCGCAGCGAGCGUGGCCUGAGCAGCUCCAUACAGAAUCUGGAUCAAGUGCUGGAGGAGGAGCAGUACGCACAGCAGCAGCAGCAGCUGGCACAGCAGCAGCUGUAUGGCCAUGGCCUGGAGGAGCAGCUGACCAACGGCCAUCACAGCCGCUCCAAGUCGCUGCCAAGGAACUACAGCGAGCCACCAAAGCCGCGCAACAGUCGCCACAUGAAUGGGGGAGCGACGGGUAAGCAGAAUGGACACCACUACAAUGGCAGCUACGACUACGACAGGAACAGCAACUACGAGCAUCAGCCGCCGCCACCGCCAGCACCGUCAGCAGUGCCAGUGCCACAGAGCAAUGGACAUCAUCAUCAUCAGCAUCGAGAGCAGCAUCAGCGGGAUCAGCGGGAGCACCUGAAUCCCCUGGCCAAUGCGUACUUUGCCAAGCAGCUGCAGCAGCAGGCAAAUCCCUCGCGGGACAGCGCGCGUGUGGCGCUACGCACCAAGACCGACUCCUUGCAGAGCCUCAACAAGAGCUUGACAGACAUCAGUCCGGAGCCAGUGUUCCAGAGCGUGGCUGCGCGGCAGAUCAUCAAUGAAAUGUCCGCUGGUUCGGCAUCGGAGGACACCGAGAAGAUUGUGGAGAAGGUGCCGCCGCCGCACAAGCAUCGACGGGCAGUGCCACGCGAGAAGCGGCGCCACUACACGGCGCCCAACAAUGUCAACCAGAAGGCCAUGGAGAAGGUGCAGGCAGAGAAUGAUAUGAAUCGGAAUAACACAAACUGGCGUGCACGCGAUGAUCUGGACAUGGAGGUGGCCCUGCGGCCGCGCAUGAAUGCGCCCGAUGUGGUGCGUUCGGCACUGGGACAGGGCGAGAAGAUCUCUGAGAAUACCAUUGAUAACUUGCUGCUGGCGCCCAACAAAAUAGUCAUACCCGAGCGUUACAUACCAGAAACAACGCCCGAACUAUCGCCCGAGGAGAAGAAGCGUCGCCAGGAGAAGGUCGAGUCCAUUAAGAAAAUGCUGUCCGAGGCGCCACUAAGCAGCAAUGAAAACGAGAGCCUGCCGCCUAGCAAAAUCACAGCCGAAAAGAAGCAGCGCGAGCAUCUGCUGCAGCUCAAUCAGAUCUUGGCGCAGCAAGUGAUGCAAGUCAGCAAGAUUGUGGCCGGCAAUCCCACUAGUCACAACUAAUUAACCAGUAGCCAGUCAGUCAGUCGUGUUGUUUAUGUUCACAUUUUUGUGUUUUUAAAAUUGCAUUUAUUCAAGCAUUUAUUUUGUUCGAGACGCUACACACCACGUACCAUAUGUUGUUCACCCGGUUCGCGUUAUCAAAACACUCAAAACAGCAAACACACUCCGUACAUACUUACAUAUAUAAAUAUGCAAACAAAGAACGGUACACUUAAGUAACAACAACAACAACAGCAACAAGAACACACCACAGCCACAGCCACAAACGGUUGAGAUUUACAGCAUGCAAAACUCUCACUCCAAACGUAAACGCUCUCUCUGUCACUCAAUUCACAAACAACAAAAAUACUAAAAAAAUACAACAACAACAACAACAACCGACAACAAGAAUAAACAGCAACAAAGCAAUAGCAACAAGAACAAGUACAACAACAACAAAAAGAACAACUACAACAAGCACAAAGAACAACAGUUAAAAGAAAAAAUACGAAUUGAAUGCGUAAGUCAAGAGAAAGCCAUGUCAAAGGCGGCCAACCGAACGAGUCAGGGCAGCGACGAGGAGCGAGGAUCGGAUUCACCGACCGAUUCACUGCCGCUGUACCAGCAACGGGACAACUUCUACAGCUAAACGACUAACGAAGCGACAGCAACUAACUAACUAAACUCCGUUUAGCGAAUGGAAAUACUCGUAUAAUAAUCAAGCACAAUAUGCGCUGCAUUUAUCUUCAGAAUCAAACUAGGACAAAUUUGCUAACAAUUUUUAAAUGGAAAAUCGUAUCAAUUCUUAAUGUGACUGAGUUACGUAUAUACAUCAUCCUAUAUCGGGAAUAUAUAUCUGUUGAAGAGAGACUUUAUUAAAGGAAAAAACAAAUCGAACAAGUCAGUAGAUUCUGCGCGAAAAAUAAACGAAUUUUUGGGUGAGCGGCAGUAAGCGAUUGUUAAUGCAUAUUAUUAUGAUAUAUAGAUACAGAAACAGAUACAAGAUACAGAUACAAGAUACAGAUAUAUAUUAUAUAUACAACAUAUACAAUAUGUAAAUCAAAGAUUCAACAUAUCAAUGUAAGCGUGUUGCAAACGUCAUUCAAACGAUAUCAAUUAUAAAACACACAAUUAGCGGUCGUUUCUUGAACUGUAGGAAAAAAGGGUUUAUGUAAUUAUGUAUGCUACAAACAUACAUACAUAUGUACAUAUGUACAUUUAUGUAUGCAUCAGCGUUGAGGAGUCGAAUCAAACACGUUCCUGUGCAGGCUUACAAACUAGAGACAGAGAGAGAGAGAGAGAGUUGUGUGUUGGGCAGAUGGUCAAAACUUAUUCAUGGCAACUAAAAACAAUAACUUCAAAGACUUUUUGUAACGGACUUUUCAACGGGUAGCGCAUUUCUCUCAAAAAUCAAAAGAAAAACCAACCAAAACAGUAACAACAAUUGAACAAUUUUUGGAGCCAAUAUUAAUGCAUUUGAUAAAAUACAACUUUUUAAGAUCAGCAGGGCACAGAGCAUAGAGUCCCACACAUCAGAACUCAAACAGCAUCAUUCCCAUGGCGACAGAAAGAAAAACACAAAGAGAGAGUCACAGAGAGAGAGAGAGAGAGAGAGAGAGGAGUAACGGGUUUCCCCCUCCGCCAGCAGAACGCACAGCGCACUCAAAGCACACUUCAGACCUUUGCAAAAAUGUUAUUUUCCAAAACGUACCUACCUAUCGCAAUUACUUAUUAAUAAUGGGAAAUAAUAUUUACACAUGAAUAAAUGAAAGGCAACAACGCAAACGAAAUAUAAUUAAAUUGUAUUUAAACGAGAAAAAUGAAAAUGAAAUAUGAAAAAAGCAAAACGCUGAACUACGUACGACAUGCAUAUAUUAAUUUUAAAUGAAAGAUACAUAUUUAAACAGGCAUAAUGCU